CCCGAAGAAGAGGAGGAGUGAAGAUGAUGAUCAGUACAAGUAGUGAUGAUGUUGGCCGUGAUUCCGUCGCCAGGUGGCUCCAUCCAAUUACAGGCCGGCUCCUGGCCUUCCACGUCUGCACAAAUCAAUCAUCAAUAUCCAUCUUCAUCACCACCAUCAUGAUCGAUUAUCUAAUCACGACCAUCAUCUACCCGUGCUGUGCAGCUAGCUAGCUAGGACAGCGCCCUUGUGCUGCUUUGCUUGGUUCUCCUUUUGCCUGAUCUGAUCUGAUCUGAUCUGAUGACUCUAUCUAUCUAUCUAGGUAUAGAUAUGGAGCUUAAUUGGGAAGGGAGGCAAGAAAAGGUUUCUCUAGGAAUAGUAAGUCUGUCUGUGUACUGCCUGGGGAUUUUAGAUUUCAGUGAGCAGAUCAUAAAAGGAGGGAGGGAGGGAGGGAGGGAAGCGAAGUGUUGGGAAAGAGAUGGAGCAGUAAUAGUGGGAGUGAGAGUGAGGUAAUUGGUGUUGGAGGGCGAUAUGGAGGACGCUCGGCAGGCAAACACUUAAUGGGGAGAAUAGGGCCAAGAGAAAAAGUUAAAAUUAAAGGGUGAAUUGUAGUUGGGGGAGGGGAGGGGAGAAGGAGAAAGAAGAUAACAGAUAUAGCUAGCUAAGCUGUGAAUUUGGUCUUUUUGAUUUCUUACCCCUCUCCCUCUCCUCUCCUCUCCUCUCCUCUCCUUUUUUUAUUUACUAUUUUUGGCAAAACAGGAGGAAGAAGGAUGAUAUGAAUAUAUGAUGGUGGCGCUUAUACAGUGCAUUGUAGCAGACAGCAGCAACAAUAUAUGAUCUGCUGCCCUCUCUUGCAUUGCAUGCCAUUUGUGACUCUCCCAUUCCUCUUCUUCCUUGCUUUGUCUCCCAUGCCAUUUACCCCCCAUUAAUCUACCCAAUACCACUUUCCCAUUUCUCCUCAUUCUAUCUAGCUAUUAGGAUUAGAUACGUGAUAUUAGAGUUGUUUUGUUAGAACUGAUCGAUGUAGUUUUUGUACCAUCUUCCAACCUCAAACACAAUUCUAAGUAGUAUUACCAACAAAAGUAUGAUGAAUUCUUGUACAUUUUAAACCGUGAUAUGCAUAGUUGAUAUCAAGUACUAGACUUUUAAUAUGUUCAACAACUCGAGAGUGAGGAAGAUAUCAGCCAUUGAUCCUUCAUAUGCUUAAACGAUGCAAUAUGAGACUAGACUAUAUUAUGGCUGGGAGACCAUGCAUAUUCGAGUUCGCCGUGACUCCAAAUUUGAUAUUUCUAUCUUGUCAUUCCCUUGAUGCUUAAUAUGUAUAUUUUUUUUACCAUCAUCAUAAAGCAAAGACAAAGUCGUCAUCCAGCAAACAAAGAAAAGAAAGAGAAUCCUGCUAUGCUAUGUUAGCUAGGUCGCUCGCCUCUCCAAUUAUAACAUGGUAGGUAGGUGGCUAAACUACAAACAAACAAAUGAAGAUGAAAUGAAUUUUGCAGGUAGCUAGUAAGUAACGUGGGGGUGAAGGCUAGGGCUGAAUAGAAGGUGACGGUGGAGGAGCAACUGGCCAGUCUCCCCACUGCCAAAUGUACAUUGCCGAUUCAUGGGUCACCGUUGCCCGCUGUCCGACCAUCAAAACCCUCCCGCCCGGCCAACGCCCCCACUUGCUAGCUACCCUUACUUAUAAUUAAAAGUAAAAACCCUCUCUCUCUCUCGUUCUGCGUGAGAGAGACAGAGAAGCCACCAAAAAAAGAAAGGCAAAGACGAGAGGAGGAGACUCAGUAGGUGUGGCCCAACAGAUUCCCGACGAAUGGAGGGUUCGCCAUUAACAAGUGUCGCUAAAGCUCUGCACAUCUUCAUCAGCAAUAUAAUGGCCUUCUCAUUAUCUUCCUUCACUCUCUCUCUCUCUCUCCUUCUUUUUUACCUCGCCAGUUUCCCCUUUUGUAUUCCCCUUUAUUCUUUCUUUCUUCAUCACCCUUCCCUCAUCUUAUGAUCCUCUGUUCAUAUACAUAUAUAUAGAGAGAGAGAGAGAUCGACAGACGACAUAGAUCGAUAUAUGGGAUCAAGAAUUCGAUGGAGGACCCUAUAAUUUAACUUCCUAAUCAUGCCUGCAAUGCCAUGAUUUACUACGUACCAUGUUACCUACAACAUGUUGUUAAUUUGCGUUCCAAAUAUACUGACUAAAGAUUAUGGUAAUUAGACUUGAUUUACUAGGGUAAAAUCAUAUAGUCGUUCGAAGGUAGCAAAGAAGCGAAUGCGCAGAGUUAGACUCCCAACAGAAGAAUGCAGCCACGUGCUCGCCAUGCAAAAGCCAUGCACUUCUAUUGUCAAACCAUUUAAUUUAAUGAGUAUAUAUAUGCGGGGCCGGGGAAUAUAUAUUAUAUACCCACCACAAAGAAAAGUCAAAUAACAUUCAUAUUCGCUUCAUGGUGGGCUGGUCCAUGGGGCCCAUGCUUGGGCUUUGUGUGCUGAUCCGCAUCAGCGAGGAACGAAAGUGCUAGGCCCAAUGAGCCUAUUUUCAUGUAUUGACUCACUCCAGCCUACCAUGAAUCAUGACUACUACCAACUAGCGCUUAGGAAAGGAACGUCCUUGACAUGGAUACUCGGCUAUCGACAAGUGGAAAUCAGUUCAGAUUCUUUAUUGUUGGUUCAACUGUUUACAUGAGAUGACGACGUCUCUUUGCAUCACCCUUUUGGUAGUUUGAUUUCAGAUUGUCGAAGCAUUAUGAGACAAGAGUGGAGAUUCAAAACUUUCACACACAAAAAGAGAGGGAAACAAGCUAGCUGAUGGCAUGGUAAAUUUGGGGCAUAUCAUCACUUUUAAGACAUUUUGGAAGCUGAUAUGGCAGGAAUUCAAUUUCGUCGAGGAGUGGAUUAAUUUUGCUUAUGUAAUUGUUCUAUUGUUUUUAUAAUUUUCCUAUUGUACUUGAUGGAGCUCAAAUUAAAAAAUUUAAUUUGGCGAGAAUUUUCCCAUAUACUCCCUAAUCAACAACCCUCAUCAAUCACCUCGAGUUACUUAGCCCACCUUAGGGUCACUCUGGGCACCCCGGUGUUAAUCACCUCUGACCACCUUGGGGUCAUUCCGGCCACCUCGGCCAACCCAGGGUCAAUUACCUGGGGUCACCUAGCCCACCUUGGGGUCGCUCCGACCACCUCGGGGUCAAUCACCCUAGGCCACAUUAGGGUCAUUCCGCCCACCUCGGGGUCAACAAACUCGGGUCACUUUGGCCACCCCGGGGUCAAUCACCUCGGGUCACCUAGCCCACCUUGGGGUCACUCUGACCACCCCGAGGUCCAUUACCUCGGGCCACCUUCAUUCCGACCACCUCAGGGUCAAUAACCUCGUGUCACCUCGGCCACCCCGGGUCAUCUUUGGAUCAUUUCGGCCACCCCCGGGGCCAAUCACCUCAGUCACCUUGGGGUCAUUUUGCAUGCAUAUAUUUUUUUCACUCAACCAUUGCACUAAGGUUGACAAAUCCUCUAAUCAUUGCACUUCAUGCUUGAGGGAAAGUUGUCACUCAAUCAUUGCAUUUAACAUUUGACUGAAGUGUAAUUAUCCAACUAUUACACUGGAGUUGAUUAACGAGCCAUUUCUCAACCAUUGCACUACGAUUUGGAAAAAGUUCAAUACCUUACAACAUCUGCAACAUGAAAGCAUCAAUUUGUGCAACUACAAUUGAAUUAGCCAAAAACAUUGAGCUUGUCUCUCAUGGGACUCUAUGAUGUGUCAACCUCCUACGAAUUGUGACAUUGAUAGAUGAGAUGCAUCGACUAUUAUCAUUGUCUCCAUUUCCUCUUCACUGGAGUGGCAAUAGCCAAUGGCGGUGUGAUCAUAUUUCGCCUUCGUCAUCUCACCUAUCGCCACUAUAUUGUCGUGGUCACAUGACCAUUGUGGCUCUAUCACCACCUUGUGUGAUUGACUCCCCCCACCAAAUUGUACGUCGUCUUAUAGAUCAUCAUCAUGAUAAUAGUAUGUCUUACCCACAUCAAAGUGUUCUCAUUUGGGUGUUAUCAUCCCUAUGGGUGCCACCCGACUGUCAUAGACGUCAUCAUCAAUGCCAAAAUAAAUGCAUGUGAGAAGCAAAAGUAAUCUUAGUGGAAUCGUCAGACAAUGAGAAUCGUAAAUGGCUAGAAUGACAACGAGAAUGAUGAAAAACUAGAUGAAAUAUCGAAUACAAUGUCAGAGAUCUAACAAGAAUCGUAUAUGGUAUAACCCAUAUUAAGGUUUAGUCGAUGCCAAGAUUGGUCCAUUCGCUCAAGGCAUGAACAAAAUUUGUUCAUUCUCUCUAUUCAUAAACAACAUUGUUUCAUUAUUUUCAUUCAAAUGGACCAACAUUGAUCUAAUACUAAUUCAAAUCCUCUUCACUUAACACGCUAUGAUUGGUUUGUUCCACACAUACAUGACCCAUAAUUAGUUAAUCCUCUAUCGGCUUGACUCCACCCUUCAAAUUCAAUGAGCCAAAAUUGGUUUGAUGUUUUACGUACAUAUCACAAGAUCCAAGAAAAUUCCAGAGAGCCCAAGAAGAAUGUGAUAUUCGCUGCAAAAUCUCCCUCGUUCAAUUUUACGACUACAAAGGGGGCAACAGAUGGACCCCAAAUUAAAAAAUUUAAUUUGGCAAAAAAAUUCCCAGAUAGUCCCUACUCAACAACCAUCAUUAAUCACCUCGAGUUACUUAGCGCACCUUGGGGUCACUCCGAGCACCCCAGGGUCAAUCACAUCUAGCCACCUUGGGGUCAAUUACCUCGAGUCACCCCGAGGUCAAUCACCUCGGGUCACCUAGCCCACCUUAGGGUUACUUAUCCACCCCCGGGUCAAUCACCCCAGGCCACCUUGGGAUCAUUCUGGUCACUUUACGGUCAACGACCUCGGGUCAACUCGGCCACCCUGGGGUCACUCUGACCACCCCGGGUCAAUCACCCGGGUCACCUUGGGGUCAUUCCAACAACCCUGGGGUCAAUCACCUCGGGUUGCCUAGCCCAUCUUGGGGUCUCUGGCCACCUCAAGGUCAAUCACCUCGGGUUACCUAGCCCAUCUUGGGGUCACUCUAGCCACCUCGAGGUCAAUCACCCCAGGCCACCUUGGGGUCCAUAAUCUCGGGUCACCUCGGCCGCCCCCGGUCACCUUUGGGUCAUUCUGGCCACCCUGGGGUCAAUCACCUCAGUCACCUUGGGGUCACUCUAGUCACCCCCGGGUCACCUCAACCACCUUCGGCUCACUCCGCCCACCCUAGGUCUCUCAGCACCCUUGGACACGUACCCGCAUCACGUAUCCCCUCUCCACACCAUCAAGUGCCAGAGGAAGACACGCGACAUCGGGACAAAAAGUUAGUCAGACGAAGUCAAGGGUGUCUUUUUCCAAAAAUUUCACAGAAGCAUAAGGUACCCCCUUCAUGCUUGCCUUGAGGCCUCUAUAAAAGGCCACUUCAUUUCCAGAUGUGGUAAGAAAAAAAUCUCCUUGCCUAGACUCGUGAACUCUCGUUAUGAUUAACCCAUAUAUUCAUUCUAAACUACAUUCCCUCAAUUUUCUUUUCGAGGUUAUUACUCUUCCCUCAACCCACUCACUAACUUGCGCAGCGGAGAGUGUCCCCGCCGAUAUCGACCGACAGACCAUUUUUGCAUAAUACGACCGGAGCUGACAUCACGAGAGAAAUUCAGGGUGAAAGGUGGCGGUCGACUGACUCUGGUGGCCAAUAUAAAAAAACUAGACAUCGAUUACAACCCCGACUAAAAAAGAAAGAGUUCGUGGAAUAUUCCAAAACUAUGAAAUAUAGAAAAAUCUUAAGCUUGAUAAACAAGUAACAGUGUUUUAUUAUCUUUACCAAUGGUCAUCUCACUCAAACUAUCAACUUGAUUAAAUCAAUUAUAUAAGUUCACCUAACAUGUAAAAUGGGAAGAUUUUUUUUGCUCUAUCUGACAAAAUGUAUACUUUUAGACAAUGAAAUAAUUUGACUAAUACAAACUUUCUAUUUUUUUUGUUGAAUAAUGCUUUCAAUACAAUCAACAUAAUUCUGUGAAGAUAAAAAUAUGAGGUUUUGUUAUCCAAUCUCGAUUUUCUCCCACGCGCCAUCAGGUGUGCGAAUUCAUUUUCAUUUCCAUAUAAUCCCCAAAAGGUUCAUUUUACCUCCCUCAUCUCGACUGCUCGUCUUGUAAUCUCCUCCAUUGUUUUAAUCUCCAUUACCGAGCUCCCUUCCCUAUCCAACUUCAAAAUUAGAGUCGGGCAAUAUGAGAAACACAACCAUCAAUACAUACUAAACUCGAAAUGAAAAUUACGUUGAGAACUCUUAAAAUGCAAUUUUUUAGAAGUUAUUUUUUUUUUAAUUAGGGGAUAUACUUGUUAAGUUAUACUUUCCGGCUAAACCCUAGAAUCCGAGUUCUCGUGCGGAAAUUCCCAAAUAUAAACCCCCAACUCCUCAGCUCCCGAAGAGAGCAGCAAGAAUCCAACCAACAAUGGCGGAAGUCAAAGAAGCUAGCGAGCCCACAUUACCCGCCAAAAGGAAGCAAUUCGAUCCCCUAAUCCCAGAUAAAGACGAACUGGAUCAACCUAACAAGACACAGAAGACUCAAUCUUCCAAUAGCAACCACGGUGAAUUGUCGCCCACCGAGGCAGAAAACGCCUCCGGCAACGACGGCGGUCAGGAUUUCGCGCCAAUUUUCUCAAUUCGCGAGGAGGAGGGUGCAGGAAAAGCUGACGAAAUCAAUGGAAUUGAGGUCGACAAAGAAGAAGAAGACGAGGAGGAGGAGAAUGAAGAAGCUGCGGUGGUGGAUAGAAAGGGGAAAGGGAUAAUGAUUGAGGAGGAAGAGGAGGAUAGCGAUAGCGAUGAUGAUGACGAUGAUUCGAGUGAUGACGACGACGGGAGUGAGAAUGGAGGAGGCGAUGAUGACAGUGAGCUAGAGGAUGAUCCGUUGGCGGAGGUUGAUUUGGAUAACAUUCUUCCGUCGAGGACGCGGCGGCGUGGUGUGCAGCCUGGCUUCUACAUCGCUAAUGCUCCAGGGAUUGCCGACGAGGACGAUAGCGAUGAUAGUGACGCAUGAUUGGAAAGGCAAGGUUAGUAGUCGAGGAAUAGCUUUUGAGUGGCUACUGAAUUUGGGAGGAGAGUUAGUGAUUAGUUCCAAUGACUUCAUUCUGUGAUAAUAGAAGCUAUUUAUGGUUUAAUUCAAGUCAAUGUUGUAACUUUCGGUUAGCUAUAGCACCUAUUGGGUUUAUCAAUUGAACCAUGCAUUUCCUGUUAGAGCAGGGUUUCUUUUUCCAUCUGCAGUUUUUUUUUACUGAAUGUGUUUCUUGCCAAGGCAGAGCAACACCUGUGGCUGUAUGGAUAAGGUGAUUUUGCCUGAUUGCUAUCUAUGCUCCAGGCCUCCUGAAGAUCUGUAUUGGUUUUAUUUAGGAACAAGUGAGCAAUGAUCUUAAGUUAUAGUACAAAUCACAUGAUGCACUACCUUUUGUAGCUUCAAAGCAAAGCCAAACUCGCUAUGCUUUCCCUCAUUAAAUGUAUUGGAGAUAAAUGCCUAGAACAGAAUGGGUCUGAUACUGAAACCUGAUAAUGCAUCUGGCCCUGCUUUAUCAUAAUUCAUGACUAGUAUUUGGAGUCCUCUGAGGGGAUUUGCUUCAAUGGGUUCUUUUAUAGCUAUGACAGGUUUACGUUCUGACGUUGACAGUGAGCUGAGGCAGUUCAUGCUCUUGUGGAAUGUGGAGAAACAAUACAUGCAGCGAAUACUGACGUGCACCUGCUCUGUGAAGAGUAAUAUUUAUCGAGUUUACUCAAAUUGAAUUUUAAGCCAAGUAACUGUCUACUUGCUGGUAUAUCUUGUUUCAGACAUUCUGGUGGGUUUUAUACUAGUGCUCUAUCUUGAUGCAUAUGGUUGAAAAGGUUCUUUAGUUUCUGCUUGAGAAUCUUCUUUGCCGCUUGUGACCGAUUUUGUAUCGUGGAGGAUUCUCUUCCCUGGGGUGCUGCUGGGUUAGCUUAGAAAGCAGGUCUUCUUCUGCAUAUGACACAAGAUACUUUAUGUCUACUUAUAUGGUGUGUUGUUUCUACCCUGAAAUACUUAUCUGCACUUACUGUGAUGGAUCUAACUGCCUCUAGAAUAACUAUAGGCCUAGUUAAGAUCUCUCAGUUCAUUUCUAUAGAAACAUGAGAAUCAUGUUCUUAAGUUGUUGCAUGACUCACAUUUUGCCCUUUGCGAUACCCCACCCUGUGAAGCGGAAGCAGAAUUUAUUUGGUUUUCCCUCAUUAAUUGUGUUGGAGAUAGCGUGGAGAUUACACACCGUGGGAAAAUGUCCAAUAGUACUAGAGGGAUUUCCCAAAGCAGUCUCCAAGUGAACCCCGAUAAUGUAUGGUUCACUCCUCUAUUUGAAUUAAUGAUUUGUUGGUGAAGUCCUCUGAGGGAUGGGUUUAGUAUGAUACUAUGAUGUGACUCUGAAAGUUAACAGUGAGACGAGGCAUUCAAGCAUUUGUGGAGAAAUGAUACAUGCAGGUUAUAUGAUUAUGGCUAUGUCUUGUAACCACCUACUUGCCUAUAUAUGUGUGUCUGUUUCAGACAUCUUGGCCUUUUGUUCUUGUGCUCAUCCGUUUCUGAUGGUCAGCAAGGUUGGUUACGUUCUGUUCGGGGAAUACUGGAUGGUGGAGCUUGUGAUUGUUCUGUCUUGGAGGACAACAGAUCUCAAUAUGCUGACUUGGUUAACUUGAAAUGUAGGUUUUUUCUGCAUAGACAGAUUGGUCAAGUCUUUGCUGGUUCAUAUGUCUUGAAAUUAGUGUUGAAUGAAGUAGGGUUGGUGUC